CCCACCUUGACAAGAAGCCCCAUCUUUUCUCUCUCCCCACCCUCCAGCCCCCAAACCCGUUGGCUGGGCCACCCCCGAGCCUUUUCAAUGUAUAAAAUGGAAUAUUCUUACCUCAAUUCCUCCGCCUACGAGUCGUGCAUGGCUGGGAUGGACACGUCCAGCCUGGCUUCGGCUUACGCGGACUUCAGCUCGUGCAGCCAGGCGAGUGGCUUCCAGUAUAACCCCAUCAGGACCACUUUCGGGGCCACCUCCGGGUGCCCGUCCCUCACCCCCGGAUCCUGCAGCCUGGGCACCCUUAGGGACCACCAGAGCAGCCCAUACGCGGCAGUCCCCUACAAGCUCUUCACCGACCACGGAGGCUUGAACGAGAAGAGGAAGCAGAGGCGGAUCAGGACCACGUUCACCAGCGCUCAGCUGAAGGAACUGGAAAGGGUGUUCGCGGAGACUCACUACCCAGAUAUCUACACCCGGGAGGAGCUGGCUCUCAAAAUAGACCUCACCGAAGCCAGAGUUCAGGUCUGGUUCCAGAACCGACGGGCGAAGUUCCGCAAGCAGGAGCGCGCCGCAGCGGCCGCGGCGGCCGCAGCCAAAAACGGCUCGUCGGGGAAGAAGUCCGACGCGUCGCGGGACGAUGAGAGCAAAGAGGCCAAAAGCACCGACCCGGACAGCACCGGCGGGCCCGGGCCCAACCCCAACCCGGCGCCCAGCUGCGGCGGCGGUGGGCCCAGCCCCACGGGAGGCCCCGGCGGACCCGGAGCCGGCGGGCCCGGGCAGGAGGCCGGCAAAGGCGCGCCGUCGGGGCCUGGCGGCUUGUCGGCGGCGGCGGCGGGGCCCGGGCAGGGCUGGGCCCCCGGGCCGGGGCCGAUCACCUCCAUCCCGGAUUCCUUAGGCGGGCCCUUCGCCAGCGUGCUCUCGUCGCUGCAGAGACCCAACGGCACCAAAGGCACCUUGGUGAAGAGCAGUAUGUUUUGAGCCCGGGGCCGGCCGGCCGGGGCUGCGACGCCGGGGCCGGGCCUCCCUCGACGGGCGCUUCCCUAAUGGCCGAGAACGAGGAG